AUGAGUGCUGCUGCACUGAAAGAUCUCCCAGUUGCCAAGAUGCAACACGUAGCUUACGGCUUGUUCAUAUGGGAAUGGGUGACGAGCCUUCGCUACGAACUCGAUGUAUACUGCGGGAGACGGGCCUGGAAGUGGACCUUUCUACCGUAUCUUCUUUGCCGCUUCUCAUAUCUGGGUGCUAUUGUCUGUCUGUUGCUUGGGCUGGACGCCCGCGAUCCAUUCAGCUGCGUGACAUGGGCAAGAUUCGUCCUGCUGAUGUUGUAUGGAACUAUCUACAUGGCUUCCGUACUCAUUGCCUUACGCACUGUGGCCAUAUGGAACCGCAACCGCCUCGUAGUCGCGUUCUCUCUCUCGGGCACCCUCGUCCUGCUCGCCCUCCUCAUCUACGGCGUAGUCGAGGCCCAAGCAUUCUGGGACAAUCAAUCCGACAGAACCUGCAUUGUACCUAGCAGUGAAGUCUUCACCACUUUGCUACCUAUGCUCACGUCGACUCUCGCGGUCGACAUGUCUUUCUUACUGCUCAUGCUGUGGGGCCUGCUGCGCCUACGAGAUGCGCGCCGUUGGGGGAUUGGGAGGUUCCUUUGGACACAGGGCAUUGUGUGGUUGAUGAUCGCGGCUGCGGCGGAGGUUCCGACUGUCGUUGUCCUUGCUCUAAACCGCGAUAAUACGAUAAACGAGGCGCUUCGAAACGUUCUCGCCGUUUCCCUAGUGAUCGCAGCCACAAGAAUGUAUCGCUCCCUAACAGACUUCCUACUCGUUGACAGGGUGAACAUGUCGUCGCAUGAUGAGGACAGUAGCAUCAAGCUUAGAGUGUUCAGACGGUUCAAGCCACGCCACACGCCCCUCCCGGAGAAUAGACAGCGCACGCCUGUUGCGAUCGAGAUAUGCGUAGAACAAGAGAGCGGGAUGUAG